AUGAAAAGCUCCUCUUCUGAAGUCCUCCCCAGCGACAGGAAACCAGGAAUCAUGCACGGUCUGAGUCUGUUUGAUGUUUUGUGGGGCAACAGCUACUUGUUGGCGGAGGAGAUUCUCCACUUGUCCUCCUUUCUCAAGGAGCUCCGGUCCGGUCAGCUGACUCAGCGUUGCUACAACAACUUCAUGCAGCAGGAGGCGCUCUAUCUGCACAGAGUCAGCAGCACACUGGAGACCCUGAUGUAUAGUUUACAGGAAGCAGAUGAGAACACAAGUUCACUGCUGCUGGACACACUCAAACACUACAGAAGCAGAAACCAGAGCCCCCUCACUUCGCCUCCCCCACAGUGGCUCCCCUUCGCCCUGCAGUCUUUCCACUCUGUGGUUUUGGAGGAGCCGAUCUAUUGGCUGGUGGCUCUGUCGGCCCGGGCCUGCCUCCGGGACUUCCUGGCUGAGCUCAAGCCUGGUUCUCCGAUGGUGUCUGGGUCUGAGGAUAAGGCCUGCAGCAUCUACCAGCAGUGGAGUGUAGAGAGUCUGAAGGAGGUCGCCUGGAUCCGCAGAUACAGAAAGGUGUUAGAGGAAUACCAGGACCAGAUAGACGUGUUUAAAGCCAUAAACAUCUUCCACGACCACAUGGUGAACCAGAAGAAUUUCUACAAGGCUGCAGACUGUGAUAUAGAGGAUGAAAAAUUAUGAAGAGGAGCAGGGUGUGUCCCCUGGUGAAGG